ACAUUUCUUCGUCUCACAUUUUACCGAUUGCCCAGACCGUCACUUCACGUGUGACGUAAUACCUACCGUCUACACACUGUUGAAAAUCGAUUUGAUCGAGCAACACAGUUGUUAGUAGGAUGGCCGUUGAUUUUACAGCAACGUACAAAAUGUUGGUGCUGGGAGACAGUAAUGUAGGAAAAACGUGCAUUGUUAAUCGCUUUUGUGACGAGAAAUUUUACGACACUUAUAUUUCGACGAUUGGAAUUGAUUUCAAACAAAAAAUUAUCAACUUAGAUGGCAUGCCAGUAAAGCUUCAAAUCUGGGACACUGCUGGACAAGAGAGGUUCAGAACUCUGACAACAGCUUAUUACAGAGGAGCAAUGGGUAUAAUCGUAAUGUAUGACGUCACUAAUAUGGACUCUUUUAAUCAUCUUUCUUAUUGGUUCCGAAAUAUAGAAGAGAAUGCUUCCCCAGAUCUAGUAAAAGUUUUGGUUGGAAACAAGUGUGAUGUCACACAUCUUCGACAGAUUGAAAGAGAGAGAGGAGAAAAAUUAGCUGACAGUUUUAACAUCCCGUUUUUUGAGUGCAGUUGUAAGCAGAACAUCAAUGUUCAAGAGACAUUUUUAGCUUUAGCGAGGCUAGUUCGACAAGAAAGGGAGAGAAGGGCCAGUAAAUUGGACGAACUAGAGAGGCAACAGUGGGAGAAGGGUCAGCUAAAUACGCUCGAGCAGAAUACAACAGGAAACUAUCGUUGUUCUUGUUGAGCAGUUAUAUAUAUAAGCAAACGAGAACAGCAUCGUGUCAAAUCGUUGAAAUACAUAUCUCGAACGGCUUGUGAAAUUGUAUUUAUACAUAUAUAUAUAUAUAUAUUUAAUUUUUCUAGAUGUUUAGGAUAAACCACAUAGUGGAAAUAAUAAGAGCUUAGGUUAUCGUUUUCGAACCAAAAAAUAGCGAAUUGUCUGAAACAUUGGUAGUUUUUGUACGCUUUAUUAUUCGUGGUCGAUUUACAGCUGUUUCAACUGUCUUCUGUAUAUUUCAUGUAUGAUUAACCACGAUGUAUUCUUUUUAUUCGACAGUUAAAUAUAAGCAUCACGUGUAGAUUCGUAUCAAUCAAAAUAGAUGGUGAGAAAUAUCACUUCAAACAACUACAACCAAAUAUAUUUUAUAGUUUAUUUAUUUUCAUUGGUAGCAGAGACUGAUCGUAGGUUGUCGUCACUUCAUCAAUAGCAAUGGUUGUUCACGAGAUCGGUUUCAAGAUAUUUAUAAGUUUAUCUUAUCACCUUGAAUAUACAGUACUGAACGUGAUAUCCGAAAACACGUUACUAUCUACGGGUUAAAAAGAUAUAGUGUUCAGGUACAUUGAAUAUGUAUUAAGAUAAUGAUAUUGAGUUUUAACAGACAGUUUAGAGCUCAACUCUAAUUCGUCGAAAAGCUAAAAAAAAAUUGUUCAUUACAAAGCGGAUAAAUUAUCUUUCUGUAUUUAUAUUCGGUGUAUUUUAAAGCCUUGAAAGAGUUUACUGUUUAUAGAACGACUUUGUGUUACUUGACGAAAUGAUCAAUCAUAAAUUCACUCUUUACAUUUGUUUUCAUUCACGAAUUUUUGGCUUUUUUUUUUGUUGUUUUACAGAACAUUCGUUGCACCACCCAACUAUGAAGUUUGUUUAACAUACUUGUCUUUAGUUUAUUGUGAUGACAUCAGACUUACAGAAAUGAAUUCUAUGUCAGUAAGCACCCACGGAAACAGCUAAUGUGUUUGAAGUUUGUUUUUUUUUAUUGUUGAAAGUUGAUUAUAGAAAACUCCAAAAUCCACUUCUUGUACUAAUAAAUUAUCCGCGAUUGAAACAGAAACGUUGCAUCUUAGUUCAAGUUAAAGCACUAGAAACAACCAUUUAAACGUAUAUGAAAAUUUUCAAUUAUGUAACACAGCUACGAAAGAUAAAAGAAAAAACAGAUGAACAAGAUGACAAAGAUAGUAGUAGUUUAAGACACAUAAUACCGUGUAUUUUAGCUAAAUUAACGAAAAAGAAACUCACACUUUCAGAACAGAAGAUAAUUACAAAUACUAUGAAAAUGGUUUCAACAUUUCCACGUGUCCUCUUUAAUCCUACAGUCUUCCGAGACGAAACGUGUCAACACAGUUUAGAUAAGGCCCGAUCGUGAAUUUCCUUUAAGGACGCACGUGGUUAAGAAACAGCUCAGUUUAAAGUACCCGUCAGGGGUGUUAAAGUUUGUUGCAACUUUUAACAAAUUUUCGUUUUAAAGUAAUUUUCAGUUUUAUAUAUAUUUAAGUUGGUUUCCAGUUCAUGGGGUUGUCAAAGUCUCGUGUAUGGAGAUACAUUACAUUAUAUGAUAGGGUUGUCAAAGUCU